AUGAUAAACCAAUUCCUUCCGAAUGAUGAAAAUAGUUUUUGGGUUGAUAUUCAAUAUGGAAAAUAUCAAAGAUACAUUCCAAUUCUUCAUUAAGAAUAACAUAAAACUGAUUAAAGUGUUUUUAAAUUUAAUGACGUUUGGGAAAUUUCUUUUGUUUUGAGUUGUGCUAAAACUCUAACAAAUUAUCUUGAUGAUUUAUAAAAAUUAAAAUGGGAAAAUGAUGCUUAAGAUAAAGAAGUACUUAAAGAUCAUCUAUUAAAAAUAUAAACAACCAAGUAAUGCAUAGAAGAUAUAAAUGAUUUUUGUAAUAAUAGAUUAUAUAACUCAACACCUGAGUAGAAAUAUGGGACAAUCAAUCCAUUUAGACAAAAGUUAUUAAAGGAAUAAUAUUAUAUUGACUUAUUAGUCAAAAUAUUGGUUUAACAGCUAAAACCUGAAGACCUAGUUAUUUGGAGUAGAAGAUUUAUGAUUAUUUAAAUGCAAGAUAUAUAAUAGUAAUAAGAGAAAAUGAGUAACACAGAAUAAACAAAUAAAAAACAAGGUUUAAAAGAUCAUGAAAUAUUGGCUUAUAUCGCAUUUAAAAUCACAUUAAACCAAACUAUCUAUACAUUAUUGACAUCGAUUUGUAAAUAAAACCCUGAAAAUGAGUUGUAUACCUUUGAUUUAAUUGGGCAUUUCUUAGAACAUUGCAGAUAUAUCCCUGAGGCAAUCAAAUGUAUGAUUUCAAUUAUUGGAAACAAUCCAGAACUGCUCUAACAAUUAUCAUUGAAUAUGAAACUUGAUUAUAUUCCUAAGGAGUAGGAUUUUUUUGAGCCAGAAGAAGAAAAAAUGUAACUUCAUCAUAAUAAAAUCUAAAAUAAUUUCCUUAUUUUCUUCUUAAAUCUUUUAGAAACAGAUGAACAAGCACACAAAGCGGAUUUUCUAACUUUCUUGAGAGAAAUGUGUAUUUACAAUUCCUAAGGUAUCAAUUCAAAUUAGGAGGCAAUUUACAAAUUGCUAAAGAAGCAUAAUCAUAAAAAGAUAUAAUUAAUCAAGGAUCGUGAAGAUCCUGAUAAGAUAUCCCUGAAAGAUGGCAAAUUAGUUAUCCCAUUCAAAUUAUAGAAUGACCCUAAAGAAAUGUAUUUUAUAAAUGAGCAAUUGUAAUUUUAUGCUGAUGUAUCUUACGGGAGAAAUUACUUAUGGAAAUAAGAGUUAGAAUAAUACUUUAGUAAAGACUUUUUGUUUCAGAAUAUUUGGUAAGAGGAUGGUAAUCGAACUUAUGCAGUGCUUUAAGCAGCCUUGUGUAAAAUUGCUAUGAGUCUUUAUAUUGAUCAUGAUCCACUCAAUAAAGUUUAAUUGCCUAAAUACUGUAAUCUUUUUAAAAGUAUUGACAAGGCAAAUGAAGCUCAACAUAUGGGGUUGUAUACUUCUUUAAUUGAAGAUCUAUUCAAAUAUUUACAAGAUAAUAAACAAUAAAUAGUAUUGGCUCUUGAUACUAAAGACAGUGGAGAUAACAAUAAAGAUUAUGAUAUGUUAGAGGCAAAUGAUGAAAAGAGUUUAUUGAUUAAUGAAUUACUUUACAAUUCUUGUUAGAUGAUGUUAUUAGUAUUAGAAUUGGAUGUAUUUUUACUUUUAGAUAAGGAACCAAAUUAAUACUAUAAAUAAAUAAUUGAUAUUGUUAUUCAUUAUUUUUUUUAUGAUUUUACCUAGUUGCCUUUGAUGAAGAGUGUAUAUAAGGUAUAAAAAUCAGAAAUCACUCAAAGAAAAGAAAGAAAAGAAGUAAAUCCUUUAGGAAUUGGUUUGAAUUUAGGAGCUAAUCUUAUAAGCAUGGCUAAUCCAAUGAAUAUAGGGUUGAAUCUAAAUCUGUUUGGAUCGGAUGAAGAAUAGAAGUCAGAAUCAGACGAUGAUGAAUAAAUUGAUGAGGGUAUUGUGGAUGAUGUUUAAAUGUACACUAAUCCCUUGAUGAGAGGGUUUAUCAAAUUAGAGAAUGAACUCCAGAGUACCUUAUUAACAAGAGAAGAAACUGGAUCAAGUCAAUUAGAGAUUAAAAUCAAAUUGACUCUCUGUGAUGUAAUGGAUAGAUUCUUAGAUAUGAGGCAAAAUUAUCUGAUGUUGAAUUGUUUGUCUUUUUUCAAGAAGUAAAUCAUUGAAAAAAUGCAAGAAGGGAUUCAAUAAUUGAAAUUUUCUAAAGAUGACGCAUCUUAAGAAUAAGAAGAGACUAAAAUAUUAAUUUUUGUUUAGAGGAAGACAGAAUCAAAUUUAUUGGGAUUGAUGCCAAAUAUAGCUAAAACUGGUUUAAAAGAAGUGGAUGAAAAAGAAGAGAAACAAGAUGCUUUUGGUAUAGGAGCAUUAAACUUUUUAAAUAAAUUAGCUGAAACAAAACCAGAAUCUGAAGAAUUCAAAGUUUUUACUUAGAAUGAAAUGCUGAUCUAUGAUUUGGAUUAAUACUUCUCAUUAAAUUUACCUUAAGAAGACAUUAGCAAGAUAAAUAACCCUAUUGGAGUAGUUUUGCCAUAUUUAUUUACAAACUUUUCUUAAAUUCACGAGGAAGAAUUAGAAAAGAGAUGUUUGGCUAUUAUUAUGAGAUUAUUUAAUUAGAGAGAAGAGCUUUGUAAUAAUCUCUUAAAGUUGUAACUUGUAAGUGAUCCAAUUAAAAGUAGACUCUAUGAAUUCCUUAGUGAAAAUUUGUAGAGAUCUGAGGUUUGGCUUGCAGAAUAUAUUAAAUCCUAAAAAUAAGACGAUCUAGAGGAAACCUUAGAAAUAAUAGAUAAUUUUAGAUAGGGGUUUUUUAAGGAUACUUAAAUAUCUUCUAAAAUCAUUUCCGGAACUUAAGAGAUUGAUGCUGAGAAAUAGAACUUAAUGAAUGCUUUAAAGAUUCAUUUGCCUAUUUUAAAUUUAAUAAGAGAUCAAAUGUCAGCUUUGGAUUUCCAUCUUGAAAACAUCAAAAAUAUUUAAAGAAAGUAAAGGUUGGCUUAAUUGUUUAUAUAUGCAUUUUAAUUUUUAACAUAUUUUUGCAGGAAUAACCAUGAAAAUUAGAUAGUGUUAUCAUAGUACAUAUCUUAUUUUGAAAACAUGCAUUUAGAAGUAGGAUAGAUACCAUUAAUUUGCGAAAUUUAUAAAGACAAUCAAAAACUAUUGACUUCUAUAAAUAGGAAUGACAGAGUGUUCCACAAAUUUGUCGAGCUGAUUUAUUAAAGUGGAAGAAAAGCACAAUUCUUGGACUUUUUCCUAACCAUAAUAAAAUAAGGAAAUAAAUAUAUCUUUGAUAAUUAAUUGCUUGUUUUGAAUACUUUCUUAGAAAAAGAAGAAUUAUUGUUUACUGAAAAGAAUGAAUUCGUCUUUGAGGGUGAUAUUUAAUUGCAUUAAUCAGACUUUCUAACAGAUUUAGCAUCUAAUCCUCCUAUGAAUUAACCAUUUCUUUAUCAUGCAAAGUUAUUGGAUUUAUUAUUGUAAUGUACUUAAAUUCAAGUCCUUGAAGGUGAUUAGAAGGAUAAUUUUACAAUAAAUGUUGCAAAAUUGAAAAAGAAAUUUUCAGCUCAAUACAUGAUAUAAUUAUUGUGUAAACCAGAUUCUUUAUGCAGCAGAAAUCCUUCUCUGCAGGAAUAAGGAUUUGGAUUAAUUAAGAAAUAAUUAUGGAUUUUCUUUAUGAACGUACAUAUCACUAGUGAGAAGAGUCAAAACUUUUUGAAGGAAAUCAAGAAUGAUUUAUUAAAUAUGAUAGAUUUUGAGAUAAAGAGAUUGGAACAUAUCUAAUUUGAUCACUAAUAAUUGAGAUACUUUGAUUUCUUAAUUGAAGCUGUAAUACCAUUAUUUACAACUUAUUUGAUUAGAAAAAAUAUAUCAGUUCAUUAGGAUGAAGAUGAAGAUGGACAUGAUUAAGAAUAAAAGGAUAUUGCAGCAUUUUAAGCAUUUGCUAAGACAUUAUCGUCUAAAAUAUUACAUCUUGGUAAAUAUGUUAAUAGAAAAAAGCAUGUUUCUGUGUUAAUUGCUUUUUAUUCUUAUUUUCCAUUAACUAUUAUGGGAAAAGUGUGUUAGUCUGUUUCAGGGUAAUCAAAACUGAUGGAAGAUCUUGGGGAAUUUAAUGGUUUCAGAGAUGUAUUGUCUAAUAUUCAGGCUGGAGCUAAUGAUAAUUAUUAGUCAGAUUUGAACGAAUAAGUAAUUCAUUUACAAAGUGGAAUUUAAUAAAGUCAUGGGGAUCAUCAUACCCCGAAAACAAUUUUCUAAAGCAAUAAUGUUAAAUCUAAGAUAGGUAUUAUGUCAGCACUUUCAUCGAAUAAAAAAUAAAAGGAGGAACCUCUUAUUGAAUUUGAGUCAGCGGAGAUUGAAAAAAUCUCAGGGAGUUGGGAAGAAUUUGUUAAUCAAUUAUGCUUAAGUGAUAAAAGUAAAAAUUAUGUCUAGGAUGAAUUGCAAAAGUUAUCCGAGGCUAUUGUUAAAUUUGAAUAGUAUUUUGGAAAUCCGAGUGACAAAAACGACAAGAAUGAAAAGAUUUUAAAAGUUGAAUAUGUAAUACUAUUAAAGAAAUUUAUUAAUUUUUUAAGCUAUGCCAUAAAUAGCAGUUAAAAUAAUAAAACCAUUAUAACUUUGUUAGGUGUUUUGAGAAAGGUGAUUGAAGGAAAACCUAAGGAAGAAUAAAAAGAAAAAGUUGAAGUUGAAGGAGAAAACAACGAAAUGGAAGAUGUGCAAAACUUAUUUAAUAAAUUAGGAGCUACUAGAAUGGUAUUAACAGUCUUAAGUGAAUCAAUUAUUCUUGAUGGAGAAAUGUUAAGAAAUUUCUUAUUGUUUAUAAAUACUUUACUAUCAGGAGGCAACAAUAAAGUAUAAAAAACUAUAUUUGAAUUUAUGAAGACUUAUCCAAAAAGUGAAGUCAUCUUUAGUAGAUUAAACAAUGUCAUUCAGGCAUAAAUCAAAUAAAUCACAAACAAAGAAAAAGAUAAAAAAACUGAAGAAUAAUAAUUGGGGAAUUUACCUUCUUAAUAAUAAGAGGAUAAUGUAUAAGAAUUAAAAUAGCAAUAAGAUUUGGAAUUGUUAUUGACUCAGGUCUUAAAAUUCUUAUAAAAUUGUUGUGAGGGACAUUAUCUAGAUCUAUAAAAUUAUAUUCGUUAAUAAACAAAUUCAAGAAACUCAUUUAAUAUGAUCAACUAAGUAGCAGAGUUAUUACUAACUUAUUACUAUAAAGAUAGAGCACAAUAUGAAAAUAUGGUUCUGUGUCUAGAUACAUUAAAUGAGUUAGUUUAAGGUCCAUGUCCUGAAAAUUAAAUAGCAGUUGCUGAUUCUAAAUUCUUUGAAAUAGCCUCAGAUUUAUUUGGAUAAAAAAAAGAGAAGGAUAGCACUGGUAAAACUUAAAUAAUGAUAUCAAAUAUAAAGACAUCAAAAACUUAAAAUAAUAAAAUGAUGACAUCUAAAACCGGUCGAUAUCAAAAAUAACAGAAGGGAUCUGAUUUAAAAAUUUGGUAAAUUGAAAGAAUGCAAACCAAAUGUUUAAUUUUGAUUCUAUCCUUAAUUGAAAUGAGAGAAAUAUCAGAUUCAAAUCCAAUUAUCAAAAGAAUAAUGAGACAUUUGACACCGCCGUUAUUAGAAAAACAUAUGGUAAGUUGUUUUCAUAAAUAUGAAAAAUAAUGUAAAGAAGGCUAUUAGAUUGAAGUCCUAGAUAGAAUUAAGGAAGACCCAGAAUCUGCAAAACAAGAAGAUAAAGUAAAAGAAGAAUAAUAUUAUGAAUUAAUAUUGUAAAAAGGCUUUUAUAUCUAUUUCUUAAUGAGUUAUUAUAUGGAAUCUGAGAAGAAUGUAGAAAAUUCAUUUGUUUAGAUGUAUAGAGCCAAUACUAGAAAGAAAUUAAAGCAAGACAAAGGCACUUUAGAAGAUUUGCUAUUCGGAGAUAAUAUAAUAGGUCAAUUAGUCAGUUUUGUGAUGUCAUUCGCUAACAGUUGGAUUGACUUAAUGAAUCAAAUUAAGAAAGAAGCUCAAAAGUAGAUGGCUACUUAGGCUUAGACAAGCGAGCAAUAAGAGAAAUAAGAUAGAGAAAGAAGAGCAGAAAAAGAAAAAAUGAAGAGGAGAGCAUUUGAUUUUUUCUAUAAAAACAGUGCAUCCAUAGAAGUUGUUAGGAACAAUGAGAUAGAAAUUGUGUAUUUUCUACUCUUACCAUAUACUCAUAAUUUACCUAAAGAAUAGAAGGUAGAAUUUCAUGAAAAUGUCGAUAGAUCAUCUACUAAAUCAAAGGUUUAAUUUUUAGUUUAAGAAUCAGAAAGGUUAACCGAAAUAUGUGAGCAUGAGGAACAAUUAAGACGAAUAUUCUAAAGAUAGAAGUUUCUAGCUUUGUUUGCCAAUUAUGUGAAAUUAUGGAAGGAUUUGGCAUUUUUAUUUACCUUAUUAUUAAAUCUAUUUAUAAUAGGAUCAUUUGCCCAAAAUGAAUCAGGGAAUAGAAUAACAGAUUUUAGAUUAUUUAGAGAUGAAUAGUAUUCACCCCAACAAACUAGAAAUAUUUUUUUGAUUUGCGGUACUAUUAUGGCUUGUUGUUCAAUAUUUGUUGUUUCUUUCUUUUUGUUUAAGAAUGCUCCAUUAAUUAUUAAGAAAGCAUGGAAAACCAAAUUACCAUUUGAAGAUAAGUUUACUUAUUGGCCUAUACAAUUGAUCUACAAGAUAUUUAAAUUGUUAGCAGUGUUGUUUUAUAUUCUAAAAGAGAUAGAAGUCGUUUAUUAUUUAGCUUAUGGUGCCUUGGCUGUAAUUGGAACAGUAUUACAUCCUUUCUUCUUUAGUUUUCAUUUAACAGAGAUAUUAAUCCGUUAUCCAACUUUGAAGAAUGUUAUUCGAUCCGUUUGGGAACCUAAAUAAUAAUUAGGACUUACAUUGGUACUUUUCGUAAUUCUUGUGUAUGUGUAUGGUCUUAUUGCCUAUACAUUCUUCUUUGAAGAUUACAAAGGGAAAUGUUAGUCCACAUUGUUUUGCUUCCUAUUUACAUUUGAUUGGACAUUUAAAGCUAAUGGUGGAGUUGGGGGGUACUUGUCUGAUUUGGAAGAUGAGGAUGUAGUUGAAAAGUAUCGUGUAAGUAGAUUUGUAUUCGAUAACACCUCAAAUAUUUUCUUAGUUAUUAUCAUGGUUAAUAUCGUGGCAGGUAUUAUUAUUGAUACAUUCGGGUCUUUAAGAGAGGAGGAAAGUGAUAAGGUUAGGGAUAUUGAAGAUAAAUGUUUUAUUUGUGGAAAUCUUAAAACUACGUUUGAUAGAUUAACAGAUACAGCUUCAAUGGGCGGAGGUUUUGAUCAUCACAUUAAAGUUAAUCAUUAUAUGUGGAAUUAUGUUUUCUUUAUGGCUUAUCUCAAAUACAAAGAUCCCACAGAUUAUACUGGAAUUGAGUAAUUUGUUUGGGAAAAAAUAUAGAAGAAAGAUCUAACAUGGUUUCCAUUCAAUAAAGCUAGAGAAUUACAAAAUAUUAAGUAGGAUGAGGAAGAAGAAUCUAAAAAGAUUGAACGUAUUUCUAAAGAUAUUGUCAAUAUCGUGGAUACUAUGAGAUAAGCAAGUUAAAUGUUGAAUUCCAUUAAAAAUAGAAAAAAAUUAAGGAAUGCUGCUAAAUAACCUGCUGAUAUGUUAUGA